CACAUGGAACUACAUUUCCCAGAAGGCAUUGUGGCGGAGCCUACGGUCUAAGAACUGGCGGCGGCAGGAGCGUAGUGACCGCCGCUAGACAUGGCUUUCCUAGUCCGGAGUCUUGGGUCCCCCGCCUGCAGGUCGGUGGCGCAGUUGGGUGACAGGUGGCUCCAACCCAGGGUCUGGAUGGGGCUCCCGGACGCCUGGGGCGCCCCCUCCCUGCAGCAGGCCCGCGGCCGCACGCGCGGGAACGAGUACCAGCCCAGCAACAUCAAGCGCAAGCACAAGCACGGCUGGGUCCGCCGGCUGAGCACCCCGGCCGGCGUGCAGGUCAUCCUCCGCCGCAUGCUGAAGGGCCGCAAGUCCCUGAGCCACUGAGGUCGGCGUCGGGCGCCCGUCCCUUCGGAGGCUUUUGGAGUCUGAAGAAUUCAGAACUUGCAGAGUCCCGGGGUCCCCGCGCCCCCCGGUCCACGGCGGUGGCGCCCCCUCCCUCCCGCGGUGUCUCAGCGGUUUCUGAAGGCGUCUUUGCCAGCCGGGCUCCUUGGAACAUCGCACCGCCCGCGGCGAUUCCAGCCGCUAAUAAACCUCACGUUUGUAGGCGC